AUGACUACCGCAACGAGAGAGUCAAUCUCGAACCUUCGAGUGCUACUCUUCGGUGGCAACGGGCGAGUUGCCCGAGCGAUGACGAGUUUGAUGGUGGCUCGGUCCUGGGAUGUCACCAGCGUAAUUCGAAACCCCCAGCAGGAAUUAGACAUUCUGCGGCUGGGCGCCCACGGACCCGGCCGUCUAGAUGUCCUUCAUUGUGAUCUCAGACACAUUGAAUCCCCUGACGAUGCAACGCGGCUUCUUGAGAAGGUCCAACCAAACUGUGUCGUUUUCGCGGCUGGUUCCUUCUCCAAUCCUUACGAGAUCGAUCGGGAUGUUGCACAACGGAUUAUUCAGGCGUCCGGCCGUGCCGACUAUCGGGACAUCAAGGAAUAUCUCUGGGAGUCCAACUCCUAUCCGAGCGUCAAGGAUUCCAAGUUGCAAGCGGACGAGCACUUGGUUGCCGUUGCCCGGCAGCGGGAGCUCCGGGGCAGCCCCGGCCUGCAGGCCAUCAGCUUGCGGCCGAGCUGGCUCUUGACAAGCCCGGCAACUGGCAAGGUAAAGCUUGGGAAGACACAAGCCGUGGGCCAGGUGACUAUUGGAGAUGUUGCGUCCGUUGCAGUGAGUCUACUGAGCCGUGAUGACACCAGUGGCUGGUAUGAUCUCGUCCAGGGAGAUCAGGGAAUCGACCAGGCGGUGGAGGCUGUUGUACGAGACCGGGUGAUUUGCAUCGAGGGGGAAGAUGUCCAGCGCAUCUACAGUCUGAAAUUAGACUAA